AAUGCCUCGGCGGCGCGGUUGUGUGCGUGUGUGUGUGUUAUUAGUGUUGUUACUUUUCGUGAUAUUACCGUACCGCUAUUCAGUUCUGACAAUUUUAAAGUCAAUUUAUUGCUCUGUCCAGUGCUCUAAUAAUUGUGCGUUAAGUUACUUGGUGACUUUUCACUUUAAGCUGUCUUAUUUAUUUAAAAGUACCAAGUACCUUCCUAACUUCUUACUAAAUGGACGAAUUCACUGAACAUAUUCUGAAAGCAUGGGGAUUCGAAGACAUGGUAACCAUUUUUAAAGAUGAGGAGAUUGAUCAAACAGAAUUAUUAAAUUUAACUGAAGACAUGAUAAAAGAGCUAUUUCCUAAAAUUGGGAAAAGGUCAAAAUUUUUUAGUAAGCUGAAAGAAUAUAAAAAGACAAGUCAAGGAUUUUUGGAAGAGAUAACUCACGUUUCUAAAUUACAACCACAGAAAGAUGUAACUUACGAUGAAGACAUAAGUCAGAUGGUCAUUGAAAUACAAGAACCUUUUGCUAGUACAGAUUUGUUUUCUGAUGAAAACUUGUUUCCUGAAGGAACAUCGAACGAUCUAGACCCAAUUAGUAUUAAUACUGACACCUCUGAAAGAAGCAUAAUAACAGACAAAAAACCAAAUUAUAUACAAGCAGUUCAGUCUGAAGAGAAUCCACAAUCUAAAGUUUAUGUCACAACAAUAUUAAAUAAUUAUGCUGAUGGGAAGUUGGUUUUCAAGUAUUAUGACACAUUUGGUACCCUUAAUCAAUCUAUGAGAAACACUCUAAGUUCAAUAGUUAUAAAACAUGAAAUUCAAGAAUGCGAGCAUAAUUUAAAAAUUGAAAAAAAUAAAUUUUCAUUAUUAGCUGAAGGCAUUGAAAAAUUGUUUCCAAAUGAAAUAAAAGAAACUUAUUUCACUCCAUAUUGUAAGGAUGGCAAUAAUGUAAUUCCUAUGAAAGGAAAAUUAUAUGACAAAUAUUGCAAUCUAAAAAAACAAAUAAAGAAAAUUAAUAUUAACUCAAAUUCUGAUGUUGCUACGCAUUCUGGUGAUGUUGAUAAUCACAACUUUAUAGAUUCAGAUUACGAGGAUAAAAUUCUAUGGCUCAAAAAUAAUACUCAACCAAGCCAAACUCUUCAGACAUAUUGGGUAGAAACAGUUAGAUAUCGACAUCAUAAAAAACAUAAUUUAAUGGAACUAUAUCCGGCUCUAAACAGACCUUUAGGCCAUUUUUUGAUUGAACUUGAUUUUAAACAUUUAUAUCCUGAAAAAGAUUUCAAACUUUUAAAUAAAAUAGAUGUUUUCGUUGUAAAGCUUAUUGAACAUAUUAAAAGUGCUAAUUAUCAAUUUGGAAUCCAAGGACCUAGUAUUUUAAAAGAACUGCAAACUCCAUCAAAUCCUGGUAACGAAUACACAGCCGUUUUUAAAUUACUGCCACUCUUAUUUCAACCAUUAACAAUAAAGUUAAAUGGAAAACGUAAAAUUGAUGGGAUAACAUCAGUUUGGAGACCAUCUAAAGCAGAGCAAGCUGCAGCAUUUAUCACAUUUAUAUCUGAUGUUGGUGAAUUAAAAAUAGCUCAUAAAGUUAAAGUAGACAAAGCUUUUGAAUAUGGGUUAAAGUUACAGCCAUAUGUAAUUGUUAUCAAUUCAACUGAAUUUUUUGUCGUGAUUGAUAAUACGUACUACAAAUUAGAAACAUUGAUUAAGGCUGUGGAUGUAUGUUUUAAGUCAUUCUUUUCAUUGAAUGUUCACUAUCCUACUGAAUGUGAACAGGUAUGGUUAUUUAUACAACAUUAUUUUUUUGAAAUUAAACUUAAAUCCGACAAAUCCAUUUUGUCUGUAAAAACGUUAGUUAAUGAUUUUCAUAAAUUAUAAUUGAUAUUUGUUUAAAAUAUAUUGUAUAUUACUUAUAUGAUUAAAAAGAUUUCUUUUUGUUAUUCGUAAUUUAACUUUAAUUUUGUCUUACCUUCUUAAAAGUGUAACAACAGACAAUUAAUAUAUUAAAUUGUAUUGAAUUACUUUUUUUUUUUGUUCUUAUUGACAUAGGUAUUAUUUUUUUUAAACUUAUAUUUGCAUAAAAAACUAAAGUUAAACACUCAUUAUGCCUAUGUGUUUUAUAUGUAACCAAACAUUCAGUUUAAAUUCUAAUUUAAUCACUCAUUUAAAUAUUUUUCACGAUCCAAAAUCAUUGACGGAAUUUAAAUGUUUGGAACCUAAUUGUUGUAGAGUUUUAACUACUUUUCACUCAUAUAAAAAUCAUUUGACCCAACAUACAAAUUUACCCGAUGUUUCAACUUCCAAUGAGUAUUUGAAUUUUACUAGGGAACACAAAACUUCAGCUUUACACGUUGUCAGUUGCCCAAUUUUAAAUGAUGACAUCCCUUCUAGUCAUCACUGUACAGAAUCAAUUA